AAUACUGUCCGAUUCCCAGUGAUUUUUCAAGAUGAACGACAUAGGCUCAGUGGCCCUUUCUGAUUCUCAUAUACCCCUGCCCCGGCGUCUGUACUACCCCACAGCAGCCCAAGCCCCCACCACCAUAUCUGCAUCCUCCAAUACCCUCCCCUCCCAUUACUCGCAAGUAAACAAUCACAGGAAUCCAUAUAGUUCCACCUAUUUAUACGCCACUCAACCCCAUUCUAGUCCCAUCCACACGCUACACUCCGAGUGGCUCGACUCCAACCAAAACUCGCCCAUCAACUCGCCGUCCAAAGAUCCAAAAAUGUCGGUUACUGUCACCCAAAACUACCAAACCCCCGUCAAACCCAAGGUAACGGCGUAUAUGACUCCUGACACCGACAACAAGACCAGUUCCAUCAAUAUCAACGAGCGUUUGCUCAGCCGAAGCUCGUCCACCAGUCAGUUGGUGGAUGAUUCUACUUCUGCUGAGUCUAGUCAACUUGUCCAUAAACCUGCUACUGCCAUACCGACAAUGGAUAUCUUCUGGGCCAUGUUGAACAACAUCACCGGCAAGGACAAGAUGGCCAAGGUGGGUCAGUAUCUUUUGCGGUUGUUGAUCUACCACGCUAACCAAACAAAAGACUAUCUCAGUGAUGAAACCAUCAACAUCGGUUCCAUCGACAAAAGCUACAACGAUCGCAGUAAGAAGUUGAACUUGAUAGCCAACUUUGUGCGGCAUCCAGUGGAUUUCGCCCGGAUCGUGGUGAUUUUGGUGUGUUCUCGGUUCUCUACCCGGUUCCAAGGUAUGGUUAACGGGUUAUCCACCUAUAGACAGUUUCUUCGGUUUGGCAAAACUCCCUUCCGAGUGAGAGACUUGGCCACCAAGCUCCAAGAUGCCUUUGCCCAUAACACCAUUAACAGCACCGCGUUGACGAAGAAAACGUUGGGAGAAGUCAUCGGCUUAUACUACGGGUUCAACGAUGAGUGUUUGUUGUUGUACAAGCUCGGGUUGUUGACCAACAAGAGCUUCAAGAAGGUGGUGUCCCGGCACGAGUCGUUGGCUUGGUACUAUGACUCGAUUUUGGGGAUUUACACGGCGGUGGAUGCCAUCAACACCUUGAGUCAGCAGGAGAUGGACCUCAAGAUCCAAAUCCAAGUCAAAAACAAGGCCAAGCUCCUCUCCAAGCAGAUUCUUGGUCUCAAGCUGAACAGUGAUACUUCUUCACUUGCAAGCUUGUUGAAUGAAAGCUCCAACUCCCGUAACCAUGAUGCUGAGAGCCUUAAACAAAUCCAGUUCCAAAAAUUCAACGCUUAUUUGGAUCUUUACAAAUGGAUGUCGGACUUUGUGUUUGACUCGUACACGGUGUUCCACAUGAAACUCCCGUUCAACACUCUCCAGAUCUGGUUCGGGCUCAUUGCCUCAUCUUUGAGCACCUUCAAGAUAUACCGCGAAACGAGCGUGAAGAUGGCUGCAAAAAAAUGAUAUGUAUUAUAGGAACGUAGAAUGAUUAGAUGUACCGCUAGCAAUGUGUAGAUUACUAAUGUAACAUAUCCUCUACUAUUGAGAGAUGGCUGUCAAUGUUUUCGGCA